AUGCAGCAGUCACCUUUUGAGAACAUUUUAAACAUAAUAGGCGGCUUAUCUGAAGGAAAUGAGAAGCCUAUGAAACAUGGAUUUUACAAUGCUUUUGCGCUUUUCAUUCUGGCGAUAUGCUGUGCUGCAGUUUAUGUACUAUUUUUGAUAUUAGAACCAUUUUUUAAGCCUUUAUUUUGGGCUCUACUUGUGGGGUCUCUACUGCACCCGUUUAAGUAUAAACUAUCGAAUAAAUUAAAGUCAUGGUUCGAAAAUUUGGAGAAGACGAACACGUCUGUGGUUUUUGGUUUGAUGGUGAUACCAGUGAAUAUUGUAAAUCAAGCAUCUGAUAAAGUCGGGCAUCAGUUUAAAGAGCAUUAUAAGACAGUAAUUGGCCUACUGUCAGCUAUAUUUGUCCUACCAUGGCUGUACAACUCUGUGCCACGGAGCUUCUCCUGCCUCUUCUGGCAGUUCAACAGCUUCAUCAGUUUCUCUACCACCAUGCUUAUCCAACUGUGCAGUUCUUAUGUUACUCUAACAUUUGCUGUGGCCUAUUUUAUAAGUGUCUACAUAUUCUGGUCACCAGAACGAGCUGGCAUAUUUCGUGCUACAUCACAGUUGUUAUGGCUGAUUAUCAUCAGUUUUCUAGCCAGUCUAACUGGAUCCUUCCAAGUAUACACAUUUGUAUUCCUUCAAGCAAUUUGUUUCACUGGAAUUGCACUUGAAGUUUUGGAAGUGCAUAAAAAGUUAUUGGAAAAAGAUCCUGAAACUUCCCUCUGGGCAGCAUUAUGCAAUGUUUUCUCAUACAGACAAGAGCUGGAAAUCGAACAAACACAAGAUAAACCUUUAGAACAUUGUCAAUCAACAGUCAGUGACCCAGACUCGACUCCAGAAAAAGAUACCCCAUCCCCAGUUACUCCGGAAACUGUACCCAAAAUGGGAAGUUGGACAGAAACUGACACAAUACACAGUUCUCCAAGACGUGCAAAAAUGUUGUUUAAAACUCGAACGUUAUCCACAUUGCCUUUAUCGGAUACAAAACAGAAAUCUGCAUUCGAAAACAGGCUCUUGGCCUCAUUUAGAGCGAGAUCACUGGAUGAAAACUAUAUGAAAAAUAAUUUCAAUAGUGAUGAAGAAACCACAUUAUAUUUCAAGUUGCUGUUCUAUGGAUGUUUCUGCAUGCUCGUGUGGAAACAUAUUUGGCUUUUACCAGUGAUGUUGUUUUUUUUAGCUAUACAUGUACUGAAGUGGGUUUUGGACUUUUUUGGCAUAUGGUUGUUAUGCGAAAACCUGUAUAACAACAUUAUGGGAAAGGUUAAAAGCUGGUGGGAAGACAGACAAUCAGCUUUAAUGCCCGGUCAAGUACGAGGCAUUUGCAAAGUGAUGUCCAUCUGCAAUGAGCGAACCAGUAAGAUAGCAUACGACUCCGUAGACACCGUCUCUACAUGCUUUGUGAUCAUAGGACUCAUAUUCUUCGUUACUGUUGCCACAGUCUUUAUUUGUAUACAGAUAUACUCAGAAACUAUAGUAGUAGUACAACUAAGCGGUAGCCUGCUCAACAGCACGUUUGUCCAGAAUAGUGAGCUACACAAAUAUUUACCCGAAGGCUGGGAGGACAAGCUUGAUUCACUCCUUGAUAACGCUUAUACUUAUGGGAGGGAAGGAAUCUCUAAAGGGGUGAAAAGUAUCCUCAAAGAAGGCGACGCAGACAAAAUAGCUCGCGUUGAGCAGCAAAUACUCGAGAUAUGGGACCGUCUGUACCAAAGCUGGGUAUCGGGACACUUCGCCGCGCAAGUCGGGCCACAGGUCGACCAGUCCGCCAUACAGGAUUCAUGGGACAACUUUGUCAGUGACGUCACGAACACACCUGAUAUAUUCGACUAUUCCGGUGUGGUUGCAUGGGUCCAAGCGAACUUAGGCACUCUCAGCGCAAUUGCUACCAGCGUUUGGGCACCACUAGCAAGCAACGUGUCUCUUUUAGCCGGCUCACUGGGUGCUUUUGCUUCAUUGCUACUGUCAGGUGGCAGCACUAUCAUCAACAUGUUCAUUAACUUGGUGGUGUUCUUCACGACGCUGUUCUACCUGCUCGCGUCGAGCAACGCUCUCUAUAAGCCCGUAGAAGUGAUCACGCAAGUCCAGCCCAACUUCGGACCGAGGCUCGGUAUUGCCCUUUCUGUUGCCAUCAAUCAAGUUUUUAGAGCGUCUUUCAAAAUGGCGCUUUUCUACGGCCUGUGGACGUGGUUGGUCCACAAUCUGUUUGGUGCCAAAGUGGUCUACCUACCUUCCGUUUUAGCUGCUGUAUUAGGCGCUGCGCCAUUCCUAGGGCCGUAUCUGGCUGGUAUACCAGCAGCGCUAGACGUGUGGCUACAGGGCCGGCCGAUGGCAGCCUUAAUGUUGCCCAUAGCGCAGGCUGCGCCAAUCGCCUUUUUGGACGCUGCUGUUUAUGCUGAAAUUAAAGACGGCGGUCAUCCCUACGUAACGGGUCUAGCCAUAGCCGGAGGUAUCUUCUACCUGGGUCCAGAGGGCGCCAUUCUAGGCCCCUUGCUGCUUUGCUGUCUUAUGGUGGUCCUCAAUCUAUCUUCCACCUUCCUCAGAGACACGCCUUCUGAAGAACGGGCAGCACUGCAUUCGAGAGUCAGAUUCUUAACUGGCUCUAAAGCGCAAAAACUUCUGCUCGGUGCUUAUCUAUGAAGGCUUGCAUGGACCACUAACAUUAGUCACCGGGUUAAAUCUCAUUUUGUUAUAAGCAUUGUACGUAUGAAUAUACUAAUACAUCUUAAUGACAUUAAUAUAUAAUAAUUUAUCAAUGUUCAAUGUAGGGAUAUAACCCAAUUGUAUGUCGAAGACUCUUUACAUCUGGUACUGUCAUAAGACUUAAGCAAUUUUUAAGCAUUUCAUCUGGUAC